GCCGAGACUGCGCUUCGUGCGAGGCCCGGGCACCAGCGGCGGCGUGGUCAGAGGGAGCCUCGCAGAAGCUGCGGUGGUUUCCGUGUGUUGGUGGAGGAACAGGCAGGUGUUGGUGGAGGAACAGGCAGAUCUCGGCGGUCAUUUACCAUGAUGUCCUCCAGGUUCAACAAUAUGGCUCCAAAUGAUGAAAUUUCAUUCUGUUUUUCUGGCUGAAUACUCUUCUAUUUGUAAACAUCCAGCAGUUACUUUAUCCCUUCAUGUGUGGAUGGGCAGGUAAGUUUAUUCUUUAUCUUGGCAGUUGUAAAUAGUGCUGCAGUUCGCAUAGGAUGGCAGAUAUCUCUUGCAAGGACUGAUUUCUUUUGCACCGAAGGUAUACUUAGUAGUAAAAUUGUUAGAUGAAGUGGUAGUUGUAGGUUUAAUUUUUGGAGGACUGUCCCACUGGUUUUUGUAGUAUGUAUACUAAUUAACAUUCUUACCAAACGAGUUCCUCUCUGGAAAUUUACACCAGAAUUUGUGUCUCUUGAUAUUUUUUAUCACUUUGAUAACAUCCAUUUGAAUUAUAGUGAGAUGAUAUGUGUGUUGUUUUGAUUUACAUCUCUCUCAUGAUUUGUGAUGUUAUCCAAGGUUUUAAAACUUGUUUUCAAUAUUAUGCCUUCUUUGCAGAAAUGUAUGUUCAGGUUCUUUUGCCCCAUUUUGUUUGGUUAUUAGUUUCUCUUUUGUGUUUUUGCUAGUAAGUAGUGUUGCUUAGACAUUUUGAAGACAACCUUUUAUCAGAUGUAUGUUUGCCGAAACCUUUCUUGUAAACUGCAGGAUUUUUUUUUUUUUUCAUGGAUUUUUUUUUUUUAUCUGCUUGGGCACAAACUCUAGAGGGUGAUGCAGUCCCACGUGUGUCUGUUUUCUUGAUUCCCUGUGAUGUAGGUGACUGAUGAAGAAAAAAUCAUGGCCAAAUUAAUCCAUCACCCAUGAGUUUUCCGCUGUGUUUUUGUUUCGUUUUGGCACACUGUAAGCACAGAUCCCUGCUGACCUAAAUAUCCCCACACCGUAUGUCUUCUCAUGGGAGGAGCUUGAUUCUUUCAAGUUUUGUUUAUGAGUCUCUAAUUCAUUUUGAGUUGAUUGUUAUGCUUUUUACACAAUAGGGGUCCUAUUUUAUUAUUUUACACAGGGAUAUCCAAUUUUGAAAACAAUUUAUUAAACCGAUUCCCCUUCUUUGUCAUGUCUUUUGGUGUUCUUUUACAAAAUGUAUACACUACCUAGGAAUUUGGGUUUGUGAUUGAGCUCCCUCAUUCUAUCAGUUGGUCUGGAUUUCUCAGUUAAUGCCAGUCAUCCGUUUAGAUAACUAGCUUUUCAAUGUUACUUCAAAUGGAGGACAGUGAUGCAUCCCACGUACUUUGUAUUUCCAGGAUUGCUUUCGAAAUUCAGGGCGUUUCAUGGUUCCAUGUGAAUUUUAGCAUCGUUGGCAUCGUUUAAAACAAAAAAAGAAAAGAAAUUGCCCUAGAGUAUAUGUAUAUAACUAGAGGAUGCAGGGGCCAUUUUGAUAUAGGUACACCUAGCAUAUUGAUUAAAUCACAAUAUUUAGCAUCUGUGAAGUCCUCUAGGUAUUAUUUAUCUGUGGAGAAGAUAUUCAGAAUCCUUUCCAGCUAUUUGGAAAAUUCACUACAAUAUUAACCCUAGUCACCCUGCUGUAGAAGAGAAGGGCAGGAUUGAUCUCAGUUUUCUAAGUGUAACUUUGUACCCAUUACCAAUCCCUGCCCAGGUCCCUUCUCCUCAGCCUCUGGUAACCACUGUCGAACUUUCUACUUCUAUGAGGUGAAGUGUUUUAGAUUCCACAUGCAUGAGAUUAUGCAGUAUAUGCCUUUCUCUGCCUGGCUCAUUUCCUUUAACGUAAUGUCCCCCAGGUUUUUCCACAUGGCUGCAAAUGACUAGAUUUCACCCAUUUCUGUGGUUGAAGAAUAUUCCAUUCUGGAUGUAUAUUGCAGUUUCCUCAUCCCUUCAUCAAUGGAUGAACAGGACAACCGAGUCCCUGCAUAUCUCCUCUGGACACCACAGGUUAAACCUUCCAAGAGAUAGCAACAAUUGUCAAAACCUCUUCACCUUGAUAGCAAGGAAGGAGGAAGGACUCUGAAGACCUUUGAUGCCCCCUUUUCAGCAGCAGAAAUGAGAAGAUGAGAAUAUAAGUGCUUUAGAGUCAUGAAAUGUUGCCAAUGGGUGAAAAAAGAAAACGAAAAAUAAUUUUGUAACCGUUAAGCAUGAUGAAAAUGUAAAUGUCAGCUUUUACCAGCAAAAUCAGGUAGUAAGUCAUUUUACAAGAUGACAGUGAAAGAGUAUACAAAUGAAGAUGUAGUGCCAGGGAAUAUUUUUGAGGAGGGAACACAUAAGCAAUCAAGUGCAGGAUCUGGCCAGCUGUUCCAGUUGCUGACACAGGAACAAGCUACAUGUGGGACCACGGCCAGACCAGAAAUGUCACCUUGAGAGGAAUGUGGUGGUGCCCAGGUGAGGAUGUCCGUGGCACUGAAGCCCCAGAGAAGAUCAGCAUUCCCAGAACACAUCUGUAUUAAGUCACAGACCUUGGACCCGGUGGUCAUCUUCUUCAUCAGUGGGACCACAGGCCUCCCCAGGAUGGUGAAAUACAGCCAUGGGCUUACCUUACUAUCCUCUUUCCCUUCAUGCAGGAAAUUACUGAGCCUGAAGACAUCUGAUAGCAUCUGGUGCCCGUCAACUCAGGCUGGAUUCUGGCUGCCUUGGGGACCCUGUUUGAACCAUGGACAAGAGGGUGUACAGUCUUCAUCCAUUAUGUGCGGCAGCUUGACACCAAGGUCAUCGUACAGGGUAACCCAGAGAAAACAGUCAAAGUGGAAUGUGGGGUCUACAUUCUACAACACCAGGAACAGAACAACUAUGGAUGAAGAGGGCUACAUCUGGUUCCCGGGGAGGAGUCAUGACACUAUCAAUGCCUCUGGACUUCAUCGCCCCCAAGACCUGGUGUUGGGUCUUAUUGCCCCAACAUUCCUGGCUGCCCAACGUGGGGCAACAAAGACCCUGGUAAAGGAACACUAGAGCGUGUGAAAGCAGAGGAAGCAUUGUCAAAGGACACCCAAGGACGUCUAAAAGAAGCUCAGCAGGAAAGCUAAGUGCUCAGAAGAACGAGGGUAACAAUGGGACAAAGUGAAAGCAGACAUUCUGCUUAUUUCAAUUUCUUAAGGCAUUUAUUACGAAGAGGGAGAAUGAAAGUUAGUACUCAGAAUUUGUUAUCACUCUUUAGUACAGUAAAGAAGUUUUGCCCAUGGUUUCUAGAACAAGGGACUAUGGAGUUGGAUGAAUGGGAGAGAAUUGGUUUGAUGCGGCAGAUUCAGACGAGGAAGAGGACGAGUGUUAAAAACUAACUUCAGAUUCUGAGUGUGAGGAAGAGCUACUGGAGGAGAUUAAUGAAAAGAAGGGAAAACUAAAAAAGGUAUGUUUUACUGGCCUGUCGGCUCCAGCUCCUGAAUUAAGUGAAUGGCCACCUCCUCUCUCUCCUCUUAAUGGGUGAGAAAAUAAAUUAGCUGAAAAACUUACUGCUCCUGUAGUUGCAACAUUAAAACCUGGAGCAAUUGAUGGUGCUAUACAAAAUUCAAUUUAAAAAGCUAGAGCUGAGGGAGACCUUGAAGCAUGGCAAUUUCCCGUUACUAUAAUCAGCAGGGAGGACAGACUAUAGCUAAUUGGGCCACUUUUCCUUUUAAGUUACUAAAGGAAUUUAAGCAAGCCAUUAGUCAAUAUGGACCAAACUCUCCUUUUGUGUAAACUUUAUUUUAAAAUAUGGCUCUUGAUAAUAGAUUAAUACCAUAUGAUUAGGAUAUUUUGAUAAAAAUCUGUUCUCACUCCAUCUCAGUACCUGCAGUUAAAAACCUGGUGGGCUGAUGAAGCUCAAAUGCAGGCAAGGGAAAACACACAAGUGCAGCCACCUGUGCCUGUUUCCUUUGACCAGCUAAUGGGAAUCAGCCCUAAUUGGGGUCAGUUAGAAAAUCAAGCAGUAAUGGAGGAUGUUGCCAUUGUUCAGCUGUGCCGUGUGCUUACAGGCAUGAGAAAGGAUAAAUGUUACAGGGGAAAAAUAUGCUUCUUUCAGUUCUGUCCAACAAGGACCUAAAGAACCAUAUAUUGAUUUUAUUGCUCAGCUCCAAGAGGCUGUGUAUAAAGCCUUAACUGAUAAAACAGCUCAUGAUGUUGUAAUACAGCUUCUUGCAUAAGAUAAUGCUAAUGCAGAGUGUCAAACUGCUAUUAGACCCCUGAGAGAGAAGGCUCAUUGAGCUGAAUAUAUUAAGGCUUGCAGUGGCAUUGGAGGUAACUUACAUAAGGCUACUGUUUUAUCUCAGGCUAUGGUUGGAUUAAGAGUAGGAAAGAAUAUGCCCCAUUUCUCAGGCUCUUGCUUUAAUUGUGGGAAAUUUGGACACACAAGAAAGGAAUGUAAAAAAGGAAAUCAAAAGGCAAAAACUACCAUCAAUCAACAGAAAAGUCCCAGUUUAUGUCCCCAGUGUAAGAAAGGCAAUCACUGGGCAAGUCAGUGUCAUUCUAAAUUUAGUAAAGAUGGACAACCUCUUUCAGGAAAUGGGAAGAGGGGUUCAAGACCGAGGCAUACCUGGCACAGCCAGUGCCCUUACGAAUGUACAAUUGUCCCCCACCUCAGCAGGCAGUGCUUCCAUAGACCUCUACAGCACAAUUCCUGUGUCCUUACUUCCUGGGGAGCCACCAAAGAACGUCCUCAUGGGAGUUAGGGGAACUUACCCUCAGGAACAGUCAGUCUAUUACUUGGAAGGUCUAUCCUAAAUUUAAAAGGUGUACAUACAGGAAUAAUUGACUCUGAUUAUACCACAGAAAUUCAAUUAGCUAUUCAUUCCUCAACUCCAUGGUCUGCCUUCCCAGGAGAAAGAAUUGCUCAGUUGUUGCUGUUACCUUACAUAAAACUACGAAGCAGCACAGUGAAAAGAACAGGAGGCUUUGGUAAUACUAAUCCAGCAGGAAAGGCUGUGUAUUGGGUUAAUCAAGUGUCUGACAAAAGAUCUAUUUGCACAGUAACUAUUCAGGGAAAAGAUUUUGAAGGACUAGUAGAUACUGGAGCUGAUGUCUCUAUUAUUGCUAUAAAUCAAUGGCUCUGGCACUGCCCUAAGCAAAAGGCAUCCAUUGGUGGUGUUGGAGUAGGAGCUGCCUCGGAAGUUUUUCAAAGUUCUUUGAUUUUACCAUGUCAAGGGCUGGAUGGUCAGGAAGGGACAAUCCAACCUAUCAUUACACCUAUUCCUGUCAAUUUAUGGGGUAGAGACUUAUUGCAACAAUGGGAUACUGAAAUAUCUAUUCCUACAGAUCAAUAUAGUAAUAAUAGUAGAAAAAUGAUGAGAAAUAUGGGAUAUCACCCAGGAAAAGGAUUAGGAAAAGAUAAAAUGGCCAAUCAGAACCUUUAGAAUUAAAAGGGCAAACAGAUCGGACUAGAUUGGGGUAUCAUUUUUAGCAGCGGCCAUUGUUGAGCCUCUGGCUCCCAUUCCUCUUGUUAGGCUAACUGACAAACUGGUUUGGGUGGAGCAAUGGCCACUGAAACAGGAAAAACUGGAGGCUUUAAAAGAACUGGUGCAGGAACAAUUGCAAAAGGGACAUAUAGAGCCUACUUUCUCCCCUUGGAAUUCUCCUGUAUUUGUCAUUAAGAAAAAAUCAGGGAAAUUGAUAAUGUUAACAGAUUUAAGGGUUGUUAAUGCUGUGAUUCAACCCAUGGGCAUAGUAUAACCAGGGCUGCCCUCCCCAACAAUGAUUCCAAAAUACUGUCCUCUCAUAGUGAUAGAUCUAAAGGAUUACUUUUUUACCAUUCCUUUAGCUGCCCAAUAUUAUGAAAAAUUUGCUUUUACUGUUCCCACCGUAAAUAAUAAAGAACCAGUGACACGGUGA